AUGGCAGAUAUUUUAAAAGAUAGUCGCUUUGCCAAAUACCUCAAGGAUCCUCGUUAUAGACAAAUACCGAAACAUGAAAGAAAAGUUAAAAUUGAUAAAAGGUUUCAAUCCAUGUUCAAUGAUGAAAAAUUCAAAGUGAAAUAUACAGUGGAUAAGCGUGGUAGACCAGUAAAUGAAACGUCAACUGAAAAUUUAAGAAAGUAUUAUGAAUUACAGUCUGGAGAGAGUUCUGAUAACAGCUCGGAUGAGGAGAGCGAAGACAUCGAAAAAAAACACAGCGAAGAUUCAGAAGUAAACAACGUACCUGGUCGAUUUGUGCUUCGUCCUCAACCCGAAAGUGAUGCAAAAAAUGCACUCGAAAACGAUAAAUUAGUGAGGGGAAAACUCGACAAAAAGGUUAAAGAAAGAUUAUUAGAUCUUGACAUUGACUAUGCUCGUGGUGAAGGAGUUCUCAUGACUGAUAGCUCUUCGGAUGAGGAGAGCAGUGAAGAAGAAGAUAGUGAGUUUGAACAUGAAUGGGGAGAGUUAGAUGCAGAUGCUGAAACUACUGAUGAAUCAACCAAAAGAAUAGCAAUAUGCAAUAUGGAUUGGGACAACAUCAAGGCAUCAGACUUGAUGGUCUUGCUUAACUCAUUCCUGCCACCUGGAGGUAUCAUCCAUAGUAUUUCUAUCUAUCCGUCAGAAUAUGGCUUAAAAAGAAUGCAAGAGGAGGAGGUGCGUGGACCCAUAGAACUCACAGAAGAAAAAAAUGAAGACUCCUCUGAUGAUGGAGGGAAUGAAGAAGGAUCAACCUACCAUAUGGAAAAAUUGCGACGUUACCAGUUAAACAGGCUAAAGUAUUUCUACGCUGUAGUCGUCUGUGACAAGAUAUCUACAGCUGAUAAAUUAUACAGUGAGUGUGAUGGGAUGGAAUAUGAAAGCAGUGCCACUCGACUCGACAUGAGAUUUAUUCCUGAUGAUGUUACCUUUGAUCAGGAGCCACGUGAAGUGUGUACAAAGAUGCCAGAUUUGACAAAAUACAAACCACGACUUUUCACAACGACAGCACUUCAGCAAGCGAAAGUGGAACUCACAUGGGACGCGACUAAUCCCAACCGCGCCGAAGCGAUUCGGAGCGCAAUCGAUGGCAAGAUUGAUGACCUCGACCUAAAAGAAUACCUCGCGUCCAGUAGUGAAGAUGAAGCUGUUGAUGAAGAAAUUGUUGAUGCUCAAUCUGAUCCAGAAGAUGAUGAUCCUAUAAAUAAGUACAAGUCGUUACUUGAAGAUAUUGAGAAAAAAGAAGAAAAUAAGAAAAACAAAGACAUGGAAAUGGAAAUAACAUGGGGCUUGGGAAUCAAAGACAAGGCGGAAGAAUUAGUCAAGAAGAAACUUAACGAAGAAAAAGACUUGACACCCUUUGAAAAACUGUUGAAAAAACGCAAAGAAAAGAAGAAACUAAAGAAAUUAAAACAUAAACAAAAUGAGAAUGAUGAUGAUCUAUCAGACAAAGGUUCUGAAGCAUCUGAUGAUAUACCUUCAGACAUAGAUAUGAAUGAUCCAUACUUUGCUGAGGAAUUUAAUAAACCAGAAUUUAAAAAUAACAAAUCUAAAAAAGAUAAAAAGAAGCAAGUUGAUAGUGACAUAGAUGAUAAAGAUGAUGAAGAUGAGAAACAAAAAGCAGAAUUAGAGUUACUUUUAGAUGACGAGGAUGGAAAAGCACACUUCAGUCUUAAAAAGAUUCAAGAAAAUGAGAACACCAAAAAAUCAAAAAGGAAAAAGAAACUGAAACAAAAAAUGCUUGAACAGAAACAAGCUUUGCCAGACUUUGAAAUCAAUUUGGAAGACAAACGAUUCUCUGCAUUGUACGAUUCACAUCUAUUUAAUAUAGAUCCCACUAAUCCCAAUUUUAAGAAAACUAAGAACAUGGAAAAACUGAUCCAAGAGAAACUUAAGCGAAGGCCUGCUGAUACUCCUGUAGAGCAACCACAACCGAAAAAAUCGAAAGAAGCUGCUGAGCUAAGCCUUUUAGUGAAAAAUAUUAAGAGAAAAACCAAAGGGGUUUUAAAUAAAUAAACUACAAAUCCAAAAAAAAAUGUUUGAUUUUUUUAACCA